UUCGCCCCGAAUCCUAACUCUCCAAUACCGCCACAUGUGCAAAGAAGGAUUAUGCGCUUUUGCAGUAGAAAUCCGAAUCAUCCCAAAUGCCAAGGCCACCCAGAAUGGAUACUUCCUCAAAAUUCUAUCCCAGCUGCUCCAAAUGUCGGGAAUGCUUUCGACUUGAAUUCAAUUUUCCCCAAUCUUGUCAAUUUCCACUUAACUCCAGUCCCUCAAUUACCGCUUCAGAAUCUUUUGAAUGGAGGUAUGAAUUAUUUUGAAUGAGUAUUCGAAUAAAAUAUGAUAUUCAAGUUCCCAAUAUUCUACAGCAGGUUGUUGUCCCGUUAGUUGGGCAAAUUACAGCAAUUGCAAAACAGGCAAUAUUGGUAAAUAUUUGAUGUAUUAUUAGGUUAUUUUGAGGGUAAGAACAUCUCUUAAGGUCCAUCUAAUAGAUUUGAGGAACAGAUGGAAGUAGGGAUCUAAAAUGUCGAGGAGAGGCAUAGGGGAUGUUUCAGAUUGUUUCAGGUUUUCAGUGUGCUUCAGGAAGAGGGAGUGAUGUGCUUUAGGAGGUUUCAGUGAGAGGGAGCGGGUUUCAGGGUUUCCGG